UCAUAUAAACAAAUAAAGAAACAAAUCAAUAAUAUUGGCCUCAUUAUUUGUAGAGGAAUGGCUGUUGAGGACAAGAAUAGUGAACAUGGUCUAAGGUUAAUAAUUGAAGAUUACCCUUAUGCCAACGAUGGUCUUCUCAUAUGGAGCUCUAUCAAACAAUGGGUCACAGACUACGUGAUGAACCAUUACUAUGCUAGCUCAAACGAGGUAGAGCGUGACGAAGAGCUACAAGCGUGGUGGACUGAGAUCAGAACCGUAGGUCAUGCUGACAAGAAGGACGCACCCGGGUGGCCGGACCUAAAGACGAAGCAAGACCUCAUAGACAUCGUCACCAACAUACCAUGGACAGCCUCCACUCACCAUGCAGCUGUCAACUUCGGACACUAUGCUUACGCCGGUUAUUAUUCCUAAAUUUUCAUCAUCUAU